UGAAGGGAUUAGUUUCAGGCUCACGGCGGAGGCACACAGCGGUGGGAUGGGUUGUGCGGUGUUCAAGAUGGCGGCGCCCUGUGGAGUGCAGCUACUCUAACAGUGGUGCGUGCAGACUGUAGCGUGGGCGGGGCUGCCGGGUGGACCCCCCUCACAGAGCACUGGCACCAUGUCCCGGGAGCAGCCCAGUGUGGGCGACCUGCUGCCCCACCUGGAGACCUCCGACCUGCAGCAGCUGGACCAGAUCCGAGGCCUUAUCAACGAGCAGCUUAGCACCGAGCGAGGGUCCAUGCUGCUCAAUGGGUUAGUGGACUACUAUCUGGAAACCAACUCGACCCAGGCCUUGCAUAUCCUGUGCUCUGUGCGAGAGCCCCAUGACAAGCACCUUUUGGACAAGAUGAACGAGUGCAUGACCAAACAGGCCUGUCGGCUGCCCACCCUCACCCUCCUGGGCCACGUCAUCCGUAGACAGCCGUCCUGGAUCCACAAGAUUGCCCGCUACCCCCUGCUCCUGUCGCUGCUCAAAUGCCUCAAGACGGACACAGACGUGGUGGUGCUGAUCACUGGGGUGCUGGUGCUGAUCACCCUACUCCCCAUGAUCCCUCAGGCUGGCAAGCAGCACCUCUGGGAGUACUUUGACAUCUUUGGACGCUUGGCCUCCUGGAACCUCAAGAACCCUGGCCAUGUUUCGGAGGUGUACCUGAUCCAUCUCCAUGCCAGCGUCUACUCCCUGUUCCACCGACUCUACGGCAUGUAUCCCUGCAACUUUGUGUCCUACCUGCGCUCGCACUACAGCAUGAAGGAGAACAUGGAGACCUUUGAAGAGGUGGUCAAGCCAAUGCUUGAACAUGUUCGUAUUCACCCAGAAUUAGUGACCGGAACUAAGGACCAUGAAUUAGAUCCGACAAGGUGGAAAAAGUAUGAAAUCCACGACAUAGUAAUUGAAUGUGCCAAAGUGUCCCUGGACCCAAAGGAGGCAUCGUGUGAGGAGGGCUAUGCCACCAUGCCCGAGAACUUCUAUCCCCAGGUCCAUGUGAGGCCUCAGGAGUGCACGUCCAGCCCCUACAUGGACCUCCACAGCAGCUACGGGAGCUCCUCUUCGACCCCGUUCUCCACGCCACGGCAGCCACAGCCCCCGCCCCUGUCCUUGCCCCCCUUCUCAGGGACACUCUCCUCCUACCGCAGCCCGCAAACCUCCAGGCGCCAGAACUCAGCCGGCGAGCUGAACUCUUCCUAUAGUGGGAAGGACCCUCUGUGGAGCCCCUCCUCCAUGUGUGGGAUGGCCACGCCCCCAUCAUCCAGAGGCAUGUCACCCAAUCUGGAGUUGUCACACAGCUCCUCCCACCUGCCCACCCGCUUCCACUGCACAUCAGGAGGAAAAGGCACCCCAGCCUCCAGCACUCCGGCCACCUCCUCUCCCCCUCCCACCCUGUCAGAUGACUUCCCCAUAAUCUCCUUACCCGCCAACACGGUCCAGUCCAGUCCACCCAGGAAGGACCGAAAACAAGGAGACAACAAACCCACCCUGGUGCGACAGGAACAAGUGAAGGAUUUAGAGAGGAGUGCAGAGAUCUCCACAAGCCAAGACGCAGCAGCAGAAAACGUCUCCAUGACUCUGAAUGAGCUAUCGGUUUUUAUGAAGAAACAAGAGAUGGAGCUCCAGCUUAAACCUGAGAAGGAGAAAGAGGAGGCUGCCAUCACCGAAGAACUACGGAAGCUGACAGAGGACAAACAGGAGCCGCUGGGCAUGAGGGGCUUCGACUCUCCAUUCUACCACACCACAGAGACUCUGACGGGCUACCAGGACAAAACCUUGUCCAACGCCCAAGCGGGGGGCUCCAGUCAGGACUCCCACCUCUCCAACUCCACCCCAGACAAGCUUGAUGCCGAUGGCAGUAUGGUGAACUCUGCCCUGGAGAACCGACCCCCGAACCUGGAGCAGUCCUGGCCCUUUCAGUCCGGCUUCACCCCCAUCCAGCACCACCUCCACCGCAGCCCCUCGGCCCCCGAUGACGACGCCACCAAAUACGGCAUGUUCUCCCCCAGCCCGUGCAGCAAGACCCCAACCGCCCCCGUCCCCUACGAGUCCUUCUUUGACCUGGCCCUGCCUCGCGCCGCCUCGCUGUUCGUGGGCAAGAAGACGUCCGAGGCGGUGCAUAAGGCGGCCAUUGAGCGGGUGCUGCAGAGGGAGGAGGGGCUGGAGGAUGGGGACGAGGAGGGGGUCAUGUCCGCCUCACCCCUGGAAGUGUUGGACCGACUGGUGCAGCAGGGAAGCGACGCUCACGAUAAAGUGCUCAAGAGAUUACCUUUGCCAAGUAAGUCAGCUGACUGGACACACUUUGGAGGAUCAGCUCCCUUGGACGAGCUGCACACAUUGCGCAGUCAGCUACUCUUGCUCCACAACCAGCUGCUGUACGAGCGCUACAAGAGAGAACAGCAUGCCGUCCGCAACCGCCGCCUUCUCCGGAGGAUCAUCAAUGCCACUGCACUGGAGGAGCAGAACAACGCUAUGAAGGACCAGCUGAACCUGCAGAGCGUAGACAUCUCCUCUCUCAGAGAGAGUCUCCAUGUGGAGCAGCAGAGAUACAGGCAGCUGUGGGACGACCGUGAGAAGGUGGUGACCCAGCUCCACAGCCAGAUCCGACAGCUACAGCAGGGCCGCGACGACUACUACACUAAGAACCAGGAGCUUCAGAGCAAACUGCAAGAGUGUCAAAAGAGGAUGGAUGAGCUGGAGGCGGAGCUUCAGAGGUCCAAUAACAAAGUCUGCCACACUGGGCAUCUCCUCAACCAAAUGACCAUCAAGCUGAGCACCAGUGAGAGCACCCAGCAGCAGAUGAGCUUCCUGAACAAGCAGCUGCUGCUCCUGGGGGAGGCCCAUAAGCUGGCCAGGCAGGAGUUACAGCACGCCGGCCCCGACAACACAAAGGAGGCCCAGAUGCUGGCAGCGUCCUGUGGCAGAGAGGUGGAGGCGCUGAGGCACAGUCUGCUGCAGCAGGGACAGAAGCUGGAGGCCGCCCAGCAGAGGGUGUCAGAGCUUGAGACGCUGCUCACCAAGAAGGAGCACCUUAUCGCAGAGCAGAAGAAGUUCUUAGAGGACGUCAAAGGACAAGCAAGGGCUGAGCUGCAGGCCUCAGACAGCAGGUACCAGGCUCAGAGGAGGAUCUCCCAGCUCCUUCAGACCGAACUACUACAGCUCUACAGCCGUGUGGAGAUGGACGUGCCCACCAGCACCUCCUCCAAGACAUCAGCAGAGGGCAGCGCAGUCAAACACACUCCAGCUGACUCCAGUGUUUUGGUGCCUGAUAGAGCAGGUCAGAGCCGCAGCCUGGAAAAGACCACUCCCCCACAUCCACACGACUCCCCGCGAGGCAAUGGCAGCACUUUACCCUGUACCACCACCACCAUCUCUUCCACUGCCCUGUCCAGCUCCAUGAACGGCAGCCAGGACCCCACGCUCCACCAGCUCCCCCCUCCCCCUCUACUGGUGGAGCCCUCGUCCCUGCCCUGUCCCCACGGCGACGCCCCUCUCACUGUCGGCUCCUACCCCAGCGCCAAGAGCUUCUUGGGUAUGAGGGCCCGCGAGCUCUUCCGCAACAAGAGUGAGAGCCAGUGUGACGACGACCAGAGCCCCCCUCCUCAACCCCGCCUCUCCGGCCUGGCCCACGCCCUCAAGACGGACAUGUGCGUGGAGCCCUCCCCCUGCCCUGGACAAACCCCCAGACCGAACGCACCCGCGGCCUCCGUCACUGUGCCCGCUAGAGAGCCCGCCAAAGAGCCCGCAUCGGAGCAGGCCCGGUCCAGAGCGGGGAGCCAGGAGAGCCCGCGGAGGAAGGCGGUGGGGGGACGCGGACACGGUGGUCGUCCCCGGCAACAGCAGCUAAAGAUCAUGGACUAUAACGAAACGCAUCAUGAGCACAGUUAAAACGUGACCGGGGGGUGCUAUUACCUGAUUUGGAUCACUACCUGAUUUGGCUAGUUUUUUGAAUUGCUAUAAUUUUGCACAAGUUGCUACGGUAACACUACUUAGUCCUAUGUUUUUUGUUUUUUGUUUUUCAUUUCAUUUUCACAGUCCUUAUAAUAUUUUUAUGUGGUUAACUUCUGAUUACAAUUAUGCUAUUUUGAUCAUUUUUAUUGCUUUUUUAUCUAAACUUACAAAAUAGUGAAACAUCAACAUUACUUUUACUGCAGUCAGCUAUGAACGUCUUAGCGCUAUAGCUGAUGAAGAAAAUUGUAAACAUUUUGAAGAUUACAAAUUGGGUAGGGAUCCAAAUCUGGCAAUGGCGGGGACAGUCUUUUUGGACAAAGAUGGCUACAAUUGAGCUAAAAGAGUAACGUCAGCAAUUCAGUGUUAUAUGUAUCAUUCCUGAAAGUGGACAACAGGAUUAAGAUUUUUUUCUUUUAUUUUUUGUCCAGUUUUACUCAUUCAUUCCCCCCAAAGAAUGUUAGAAAUUAUUACCAGUCAAAAAGCUAAAGCUAAGUGGAAGAAGUGGCUUGUUUGCUAAAGUUAGCCUAGCAUUAACUUGAAAUUCCAAAAUAAUUACAUAACAUUUUACUAUUCUGGGGAUAUUUACUUAUUUUUUUAUUUUUUAUCACAUUUCAAAUUGUUCUGUGCACAACGAUAUCCGGCUGCUUCCAAUCAGAGGGACAGUCAACGUGACCAUUUCCAGUAUAAUGUAAUGUCUAUGAGGUUUUUGGAAAACUUUGACGAAGGACACUUCUGUGUUUAUAAGGUAUGUCUUUGUGUGUUGGGACUAAUGCUAAUUUCAGGGCCUAAUAAAUAUUUAAAUAACGCCACUGACUGAAAUAAUGUACACCUAAAAAUAAUUGAGUCGUCCUUACAACAAAUUUAGUUUAGUUAUAUUACAUUUAACAUUCCAAAGUUAGCAUUACCCCUGAUGCAUAAAGAUGUACUUUUGUGAACAGAAGUGUCUUUCAGUGAAGUUUUCCCUUCAUUUUUAAAGUGUUUAACAUGUUGUCAGUAACAUCCACCCACAGCUCCCUGUCCACUGCCUGACCUGUCAGGAUUUAGGGAUUUUAGUGCGAAUUGGCAAAAACCUCAUGGACAUUACAUCGCACCAGAAAUGGUAAUGCUGACUGUCACUCUGAUUGGAACUAGUCGGCUACCGUUGUGCACAGAGACAAUUUGAAAAGCUAAUUUUCACAAAGCAAAAAGUAGCUAAAGCUAGUCUAGCAUAAACUUGAAGUCCAAUAUUUUAAUAUUCUGGGAAUAUUAACUGUUAUUUCGUCACAUUUCAAAUUACUGGAGUAGAAUAAUAUAUGCAAAGUAAAAAACAAAAGAACAUUUGUCAUUAUCACAUUAUAAGUAGCUGUUUAAUAAUUCUAAUUUAUUUGUCCUCAACAUAUUUUUCUUGCCUAUUUUUGAUAAAAAUCUACAUUAAAGAUUACAUUUUUAGCAUCUCCAUUUUUUUUAAACCUAAUCCCAAAAAUAUUGAUGAACUGUACAAAAUUGUAAUUUCACUUUUCCAUCGUUAACCAAAUCUAUUGUUUGUUGUUUAUUGCUAUGACAGUCAGAGCAUAUGCCUAAUUCUAAUCGACAGUACCAGGCAAACUUGAGCUACUUUGCAUGUAUUUACACAUCACACAUGUUGUCAUCCCCACACAAGCUUAUUUAAACCGUACAAGCCUUUCUUUUAAACGCUAUAUUUGUCUGAACAGAAUUACCUCCAAUUUGAAAAACACCAACCUGGAUCGCGCCGGAUUUAUUUAUUUAGAUUUAGCGCUAGGCUAGCAGACGGUAAGAUUUCUGCUUUCCUCUCCAAUAACAAAAGACACAGCCAGGUCCACCACUGAAUCAUUUAAAACCUGAAGAUUCUGGCAAACUGUGUGUUGAUGAUUUGGAAACAGGUUGUUCUCUGCAUUCCUACGUAAACGCGAAACUCGGCCACGGCAAAUACACAAACAACUUGAAGCAGCUUUUCAAAUGUUUGCUGUCAUUUCAUAGAAUUUACUUUGACAAAUGCAGACAAUUUGUAUUUUAAGAUUAUAGUUUAUGAAAAAGUACUUUGGGUUAUUUUCCUAGGCUUAAACAUUCCACAUAUUUUGAUUUGGAGUAGCUGCUAAUAUAUAUAUUUUUUUACUUUUAAAGUUGCACUAUGUAACUUAUUGCUUUCCCUAGAAUGUAUGAUAUUGAGCCUCUCUAUCUUGCCUUUAUCCAAUUACCUGUUGACCACAUCUGCUUGUCUCCAUGGAGAUGGCUGCAACUGUUAAUCGCAAUAAUUGUGAGUAGUUGACUAUAGGGAUGCACCGAUCCGAUACUAGUGUCGAUAUCAACUGCGAUCCGUAAAAAUUUGCAGGAUUGGGUUUCAAUUUCCAAAUCUGAGUACCACUGAUAUUUUGGUUGGACAUAUCAUUUGAGACAUUAAGACUUUAACUGGUGGUAGUUGGCACAUAAUGUUUGAACUUUUAUUGACACAAAGCUGUUCUGUGGUUACUUGGGAGAUAAAUACCAGCCACAUAGCACAAUGGGAUCAGUUUUUUCUUAUUUUAUUUUUGUUUAAAGGAAGUAGGCUGUUUUCACUCUCUGCACUGGUAUAGGUUGAUAGUGGGUAUAUGGGCAGAUACUUAAAGCUAAUAAAAAACAAAACAUCUGGAUUGGCGCAUCCCUAGUUGACUAUUAAAAUGAUUGUAAUUGUAUUUUAAUAACUGUAGUUGUUAUCUGGACUACACAGCCUCUAAGCACAUGCCAAAAGACCGUUUAAAACAAAGAAAUAGGUAUUAUUAUUAAAUUAAAUUCAAAUCAGUUCAGAUUUUUGACAGUAGUACACUUCAUAGAUAAAUAUUUAAUGUCUAGAAGCCUUCAGUCCGCUUAUUUCAACCUUUAUUUGAGUACAUAAACACAAAAUCUCAAAGUAAAUGGAAGUUGGUUGACUAAUUGGAAAAAAAGUUACUUGCAGCUUAAUGCCAUACUGUGCAACAUUCCAGGCAAAGCAAUAACAUCAUGGACACCCCUCAGAAAAGUGACAGUCUAGCUUUAAUAUCUGUGUAAACUAAAACUCUAAAAGAUAUUAUAAAAAAUGUUAUAUUUACUGUCCCUGUCCCAGCUAACUGGAACAAGCAGACAUUCAUUUGUUAAUAUUGUUUCCACAUUUUUGACUAAAUUAUGCUAAAAAUAACACUCUCCUAUGCUAGUCCGCAAAAAAAAAGCAAUAUCUCACUGCUAUUUACAUUUACUUUGCCAAAAGGGUGCUCGCAGCGGGCGCAUAUUCGGCUUGUUUUCGCAUUUAGCAGUCUAGCGCGUCUCCUAAGUGCCAUGCUAACCCAGACUUAAUUCAUUUUGCAUACAGAGAAAUAUUACCACACAUUCCCCGCAGGUCUAGUGUCUAACUCCAAAUCCUGUUGUCCACUGGGAACUCUUUCUGUCAUUUCUACCCCUGCCUUUCGCUAACUACAGCAUGUUCAACAAUCCACUUUAAAAUGCCAACCGUAGUAACUCGCAGCCAACCAGGACUGAAGGUACAAUCAGCACAAUGUAAAGGAGACAGACAGCAGAGCCAUGGUGGGAAGAUCUGGGACUACACACAGAAUAGAGCGUUCUUAAAAGCAGUGGCUUGUGUUUAACUGUGAACAAUAAAGAUCGUCUUCAAUGUUUUGCACUACA